AUAUCCUAUUAGCAGCAGUCGAUAUCCCCAAAGCCCCAAACCCCAAAAUUGCCUUUGACGCGUCUCCACCCCAUCUCCGACCAAAAUCUCCACCGUCUUUCAGCCAUAAAACUUCCACCAAAGCACCAUGGAAAAGACCACCUUCUUCCCCUGUUAAACCAACAUCGAUUGCUCGAAGAAAACCCAUAUUUCAAUCUCUCUGUUAGAGACAACGAAAUUGCAUAAAAACCUUUUUGGCGAUAUCCGACUGCUCGAAGGAUAAAUUGCUGAAAUUUGUUGGCGUCUGAAACUCCAAGGAAACAAAGAAACUAACAUCAUUCCAAGACUUAGGAUUUGAACGGGUGAAAUCACAAUGUACAUUUAUUGCUCACCUUCAAGUUCCGCAAAUCUCUGUUUCUCCUUGCACAUAUUCGAAGUAUCUAUCUCUUUGAAAAUGUCCCAAACCAAUACCGAGAAUCGCAAAAAGUUAAAAUAUCGACACACUGCUGGCAAAAGAAGUUUUGCUCGAAUAUGCAAGGAAAAAAAGAAAGAAACUUCUGAGCCUCUAUCAAGCAAGGACAUCUUUGUGGCCACAAGAAAAAGAAAACCUGAUCGAGUUUACAAGGCCUCGUAUGCGGAUACUGUUAAUAAAAUUGCUGAAAUGGAAAGAAUACAACUAACACAAGAAAGUGAAGAUGUCAGUCAAUCAGUUGAUGCAUUUGCAUCAAUCAUGGGACCUGAGCAUCUAGGUCACCUAAGAUUGUAUGGACAUGGGGUUACCAAGACUUCCUUAAAAAAAGUGGGACAUUUGGGACCCUCUACUGAUGAGGUGAUGCAGCAAAAAUUGGAGGAAAUGGAAGAAAGGAUGCAGCAAAGAUUGGAGGAAAAGUUCAAUGCACAAAAAUAUGUCAUGGAACUACAAGUUGCAGUUAACAUCAUUUCACAACUUAAACAUCUGAAUCCAGAUUUACGGGUUGAUCCCAACAUGCUAGCUUUCAAUGCUUGUUCACCUGGAGAAGCUUCCUCUGCACAACAAGCUGUUGUGCAACUAAUCAAUCGUCUAUCUACUAGGAGUAAUAAUCAAGGUGGAGCAAUUGAAGAAAGGGAAGAUGGAGAUUGUGAAGAUCUAGACCUUACUUAAGAACUUUGAAUUGUUGUCCAUGUUCUAGGAAUCUUUUGUUAUCAACAUUUGAAACUUAUAACUCUAACUCUUGAAGUGUUGAAAUGUAAAACUUAUAUGAUUGGGUUAAAACAUUUUGGUUCUAUGGAAACAAUAUAGAUUAUGAA